AUGAGUAUUCAUUGUCCUGUUUUACCAUGUUAUAUUUGUAAAAGACAUGGUCAUACAUUAAAUAAUUGUAGAUACAAGAAUUUAGAAAAAAAUGAUAUUUAUGGAAAACCUGAUAGAUCCGGAUUUUUAGGAUGUAGAUGUUCUUAUGAUUUAAUUCAAGAAAAGUUUGAUGAAUUGAUGAGAGAAAAUCCAAAUAUAUCAAAAGAAAAAAGAUUUCAUUGUUGUGAAUGCAUGAAUUUUUACAAAUAUUAUCAAGUAAAUGAUAAAAAUAAAUGUAAAAAUUGUAGAAUACCGUGUUUUAUUUGUAAAGAAAAUCAUAUGUUGAAUGAAUGCAAAUAUAAGAAUUAUUUUGAUAAGAAUUAUAUUUACGGAAGAUAUGAUGAGAACGGAAAAUUAGGAUGUGGUUGUUCAUAUGAUUUAAUCCAAAAAAAUUUUAAUGAAUUGAUUGAGAAAAAACCUAAUACAUCAAAAGAGAGGAAAUAUCAUUGUUGUAAAUGUUAUGAGAUUUCUAAAUGUUUUGAUUUAAUCGAUUUAGGUGAUAGUAGAUUUAAUUGUAAACGUUGUUAUGAAAUUUUCUGUGAAGGAUUACCUGAGGAUGAUCAGAGAAAGUUAGAAUAUUAUCAAAGUAAUGAAUAUCAGAAAAAUAUUGUGAAUUGUGUUAUUUGUGAUAAAGAACAUAAAAGAGGAAAUUAUUUGGAAGGUAUUGGAAAUUUUUGUGAUAUACAUCAUCAAAUAGCUUAUAAAGUCUGGGAAGAUAUCCAGAAUCCAAAUAAAAAUAUUAAUGAUCGUAUUGAACACUGGACUGAGAUAAGAAGAUUAGCAAGUUAUUCUUUGAAUAAGA